AUGCACCUUGCUACGUUAAUUGUUAUCAUCAUUACCAUUUCAUCCAUCGUUUUUGCAAUCCCAAUACCUCCACAUACUUCCGAUGAGUUUUCCUCCGAUUAUAAGAAGCAUGGUGAAGCACCUGCAUCUGGAUCUAAAAAAGUGCCAGCUUCACCUAUUCGCU